UGCUAGUGCACAAUCACGUAAAGGCCUUAUUUUCUAUACAAUCGCUUAACAAAGAAUCGCCGGCACUGUUAAGAAAGUUAUUAGAUACAGUUUUAAAGAAUUUACGCGCUUUAAAACUGCUCGGCGAGCCACAGAAAGUUGGGACACACUAAUUAUUUAUUUAGUUGUCUCUAAAUUAGAUUCCACCACCGAACGUGAGUGGGAGCAAUAUAAAUGCACUUUAUUACCAGUGUCGAACGAAAAUAAAGUCGCGCUUAAGGUAGACGAUUUGCUUAAGUUCAUUCGCGACCGCGCCGAUAUGUUAGAAACCUUAUUGGUUACGCACAGCCGGUCUAACACUAAUAGCACUUAUCCGCAGCAUGAUGCUAAAAAAUCAUACACUCAUAACGCGCACACGGCUCCAAAGGUUCACUGCAAUAUCGUUACCGAAAAGUCCGUCGACAAAUCUCACUCCAAACAAACACCAAACAAAAAAUUAUGUUUUAUGUGCAACGGUAAACAUCCUUUGUACUCGUGUCAAGCAUUCAUUGAUUUAACUUUGCAAGAUAAAUUAAAGUUAGUUCGCGAUAAAAGUUUGUGUGAGAAUUGUUUACGAACAGGACAUGCAUCCAGUGAAUGUCGAUAUGGCCCGUGUAGAAAGUGUAACAAAAAACACAAUUCCAUAAUUCACGAGGACGAGAAGGAAGGUGCCAGUGACAAGCGCUCCGUAGCAUUGCUGGCAACAGACAACGCAUCAAGGUCGCCCUCCUCCUCCUCCUCGAUCACUGAUAAUAAUAUCGCACACGCACAACACGUAUUGCAGGUAUCGAACGCACACAUAGACGAAGACGUAUACGCGCGAUUGUCUUCGAGGCGACCUGUAAUGUUAGCAACUGCCCUAGUCGAAAUUCCAGAUAAUUACGGUAAUUAUCAUAAAACGCGAGUGAUUCUCGACAAUGGGAGCGAAGGUUGUCUAAUUACCGAAGCGUUGUGUGACAAAUUAAAUCCGCAAUCGUUACAGUCCACUGAAGAAUUAAACGGUAUCAUGAAUUUAGCUACACAUAGUUCGCGAGUAUGUGAAAUCGAAAUAAAUUCACUUGUUACCAAUUUCAAGGCGCGAUUACAAUGUAGGGUUUUACCGCAAUUAACCUCAUCAUUGCCUACGUUUCCGAGCAAACGUAAUCAAUUCCGCAUUCCAGAUAACGUACGUCUGGCAGAUCCUAACUUUUAUGAAAGUCAACCCGUUGAGUUACUUAUAGGAGCUGACCUAUUUUGGGAGCUCCUCGAAGGUCAAGUUGAGAUAACGCGCUUAACAAACGGGGCAUUUUUAGUAAACACUAAGUUAGGAUGGAUUGUUUCCGGACCUGUUUCCUCUAAUACGCGCAACACGAAGCCUAUCAAUUGUAAUUUUACGCAAUCUCUUGACAUGCCAUCAUUAGAUAAUCAAUUACGUAGGUUUUGGGAAAUAGAGGAGGUGCAGGCAAACAACAAAUCGCACGAUUCGCGCAGCGAAGAGGAAAUUGCAUGCGAAGACCAUUUUGUCAAAACGACCACCCGUCUCGAGGAUGGUAGGUUUUGCGUGCAACUUCCUCUCAAAGAACCUCCCGAAUCUCUCGGUGACUCAUUCGCGCAAGCAAAAAGACGCUUUAUGUCGUUAGAAAAACGUCUCAGUCGCGAUCCUACAUAUAAAGGCAUGUACAGCGACUUUAUAAAAGAGUAUCUCGCGUUAGGUCAUAUGAAACGAGUAUAUACCUACGGAACCCCUAACUACUUUCUGGCCCACCAUGGAAUUUAUCGUGAACAUGCACAAAAAACACGUCUUAGAGUCGUUUACGACGCUAGCGCCCCCACGACCAGUGGCAAGUCGCUGAACGACAUACAACGCGUAGGUGCACCUAUUCAAGGCGAUUUGAUUGCCAUAUUGCUGAGAUUCCGCGAAAAUAGGUUUGUUGCAUGCGCCGACAUAGAAAAACAUUAUAGACAAGUUUUAAUUGACGAAUCUCAACGCGACUUACAACUUAUUUUAUGGCGCGAUAAUCCAUGCGACGACCUUGACAUAUAUCAGCUGAGUACCGUUACAUACGGCACGGCGGCCGCUGCCUUCCUCAGUUGCAGGUGUCUCAAACAGUUGGCGCUAGAAUGUAAUGACCCCGAAGUAGCUAGAACGAUUAGAGACGAUUUUUACGUAGACGAUUUGAUCUCUGGAUCGUCUACAAUUCCCGAAUUGCUACGAAAAAGUGACGAAUUGUUCUAUCAUACGCGACACGAGUCAAAUCCUAAACCUGUCACAAAACGCAUAAUAUUAUCCACGGCAUCACAGGUUUUUGAUCCGCUCGGAUUAUUAAGUCCGAUGAUAAUUAUCGCUAAAUGUUUAUUACAACGGUUGUUUUUAUUAAAGGUGGAUUGGGACGCAGCGGUUCCCGAUGACGUCACGCAAGCCUGGCACCGCUUUGUAAACAAUCUAGCUAUUUUACCUAGCAUUCGCAUACCACAAAUCCACGAAAUAACGAAAGAACAUUCGUGGCAUCACGUUAGCGGCAAGUGCAACCCGGCCGAUUUGGUUUCUAGGGGAGUACAGUUGGACGCACUUCGCACCUCCAGUCUCUGGUGGACCGGUCCCGACUUCCUUCAUGACAUUAAUUAUAAUGCUCAGAGUGUCGAUCCGUCAUUGUUGCUAGACGAGUCCCAGAUACCCGAACGUAAAACUAAUCCUAUGACUAGUCUGGUAUGCAACGACAAUAACAAUAACCUAUUUACAUUCGACAGGUUUUCUCAGUUCAACCGUAUGCAACGCGCGGCCGCAUAUGUGCUUCGCUUCAUUCAUAACGCGCGCAAUAAAGAUGCACGUCGAACCGGUGCGCUCACUGUAGAUGAACUGAGGGAAUCUGAAAUAUUACUCUCGCGCUUAUCGCAAUUGGAGUCAUUAUCGGAUGUUCACAAUGUAUUGACAAAGAACAAAUGUAUCGCAAAGGGUUUCUUAGCCAAAUUAAAUUUGUUCAUUGACAAUAACAAGGUAAUUAGAGUCGGAGGACGGCUUACAAAUUCUUCUAGGUUUGAUUACGAUAAGAAACACCCGAUAUUACUUUCUAGUAAGCACCAUUUUACUGUUUUAUUGUUCCGAUAUGAACACAAAAGAUUAUUGCACGCAGGACCGCAGCAUAUAUUGUUCUCGCUUCGCGAGGCCUGGUGGCCUGUAAGCGGUAGGAAUUUAGCUAGGAAAGUGGUACACAGCUGUGUUGUUUGCGUUCGUUUUAAGGGUAAAACGCUAACUCCUAUUAUGGGUAAUUUACCUUCAGAGCGAUUAGAACCCGGGUUCGCGUUUGUCAAUUGCGCUGUGGACUACGGGGGUCCAUUCUACAUUUUAAACCGCAAAGGUCGGGGAGCCACAACUGUUAAGGCGUAUUUAUGUAUAUUUAUAUGCUUUGCUACACGCGCAGUUCAUUUAGAGUUGGUUACCGAUCUCUCUUCAGAUGCUUACCUACUGGCGUUGAAAAGGUUCAUUUCGCGUCGUGGUAAACCUUCAAAAAUAUAUUCAGAUAACGGACGGAACUUUGUAGGUCUUAUGAAUGAUUUUGCAAAGUUUUUAAAAUCAUGUUCAGGCGAAAUAAAAGAAUACGCGAAUUCUCAUAAAAUUGAAUUUAUUAUGACACCACCUUAUGCUAGUCAUUUUGCCGGUCUGGUUGAGGCUGGUGUUAAGAGUUGCAAGCAUCACUUGCGACGCGUGAUAGGUGAUGUUAAGCUAACUUACGAACAGUUUAGCACGAUUUUGACUCAAUGCGAAGCUAUCCUGAAUUCCAGGCCUUUGAGUCCUUUGUCCUCAGACCCGCAAGACUACACCCCUUUAACCCCUGCUCACUUCCUCGUUGGACGUCCGCUGACAGCUCCUGCGUGCGCUGACCUCAACGAUGCUCCCGUACACCGUCUGACACGAUACCAGCGAGUGGAGCAAAUGCGACAACAUUUCUGGGCCAGGUGGUCGAAGGAGUUCAUAUCCGAGCUGCAGGUCAGAACAAAGUGGACGAGGAAUAUGGACGACCUCAAGGUGGACACUCUCGUCUUGAUCAAGGAGGACCAUGCUCCGCCCCUCAAAUGGAGCUUAGGGCGAAUCACCAAGACUUUCCCGGGUAAAGACGGCGUCUCCCGAGUGGCCGAUAUCCGCACAUCCCGCGGCACUGUACGUCGAGCCUUUUCGAAGAUCUGCCCGCUACCUACGCAUGAUGACUAACUUCACCGUCUCAUUGGAAGUUGACUCUUCCAAGGCCGGGAGCUUAUGUUAAGGCAUACCUAAACCGCAUAGAAACUGGCGGCGGCCUGUGACCUUCAGCCUGGCCGCGCCUAGCGACCCGUGCGCUCAUCCCCGGCUGCGAUGCACCUACGUCACAUACAUGUUAUCGCGUCAUGUCACCAGCAGCCAAUGAGAGGCAUCCAUCGCGUAUAUGUCGUGAUCGGCAGCCAAUGGUGUAGAGGCUCGUCAUCCCUGCGCGCACCAAUGAAGACAGAGAAUGACACUCACAUUUCGAUCUCUCACCGAACUACCACGUAGCUUAUACGUACUUAUUUUUUGCUCCUU